UAAAAGAUCUACUAGGAAUGGACCCUCUGGCUUUCACCGGUGUUAAGCCCAAGGUCCUCAGAAACCUCAGCAAAGAAAAGCUCGAGGUCCUGAAGCUACAUCUGCGCUAUUUCGGCAUACAUUCCAAAAACGAAAUAUGGAAGAUGAUCGGUAUACCGAGUGGCUCUGCGAAGAGGGGUUUCUACCCUUUCGUCUUGAUAGUAUCGUCGUUGGCUUUUUUUCGGGUUCUCCCAUGGAAGUAGAACCCUUAGUGAUAGGGGAUUGGAAUCGAAUAUCAAUAUUGGGAUCUGGAGGAUUUGGAACUGUAUAUUUAUGGCGUUCUAAUACUUCAAACGAAUCAAUAGCUGUAAAAAUGUGUAAAAUACGAUGCCUUUCAAAUCUAACUGAUAAGCAUAGAAAAAGAUGGUGCAACGAAGUGCAAAUUAUGAAAGAAUUGAUUCAUCCCAACAUUGUAAAGUAUAAACCAUUAGACCCAUUUUUGGAGAAGGAACUCAACAAGAUGAAUCCAUCGAAGUUGCCUCUUUUGUCUAUGGAAUAUUGUCAGAAGGGUAACUUGCGCCAUCUCCUCAAACAUUCACUUAAUAUGUGUGGCCUGGAAGAAGAUACAGUCAGAGAUGUCCUCUUGAAUAUUUCUAGCGCGUUGCAUUACUUGCACUCUAAGAAAAUCACUCAUAGGGACAUAAAACCGGAGAACAUCGUCAUCCAGAAUUGCCCAAACAAGCCUGAUCGAGUGAUUUAUAAACUCAUCGAUUUGGGGUAUGCCAAAGAGUUGAAUGAUAGCACUGUCAGUUUCGUGGGAACAUGGUAUUAUUUGGCUCCGGAGAUAUAUGCUAAUAGCAGUUACGACUGUUCUGUUGAUUAUUGGUCCCUUGGAGUACUUGCCUUUGAAAUAAUCUGUGGUACUCUUCCUUUCCUACCGAGGAUGUCUGAACGAGAUAGAUAUCAAUGGAUGAAGUCGAAAAGUCCCGAUCAGAUCUGUAUGUUUAUCAACCGCAUGGACAACAUCGAGUACUCGUCCCAACUCUUUAACGAAAUCAGGAUUUGCUCCUACUUAAAGGGUCAAAUGGAAAAUUGGUUGAGGAGAGCUUUACAGUUCAAUCCAUCACUGAGAGCCUCGCCAUUUUCGAACGGGAACAACUUAUUCGAAGAACUCGACUGCAUUCUGAAAAAAAAAAUAUUGAUGGUAUUUGUAGUGUAUACGUACGAAUUUUAUUCCUACGAGUUCGAUGAAUGCACCAGGUUGUCUACAGUGCGGCAGUGGCUGGCGAGAGAUACUCAAGUUCCGGAGGAAGAGCAAUUGUUACUUGGCAGCUUUCAAUUCAGCGAUUGUGAUGAGGAAACUCUCGUGGCAAACUGUUUGAUCGAUGAGAAAUACGAAAUGUUCAUGUUUAAAAGGAAUGCCCUCUUCAAUGGCUCAAAAUACGACCCACCGAGAAUGGUAAAAUUCAUGUUGAACAAAGCAGGUCAACAAUUUUACUUUUACUGUAUCAAAGAGAUCUAUGCCCACUCCGUGUUCCUCAUCCAACAGGACAUACUAUUGGCGACUGCUUUCGCUCGAGCCAUGGAUCUUUACCUGAAGCAGUUCGCCAUGAUAGUCCACAAGUUGGAGAAGAAAUGGGAAACUUCUAGGGUGCAAGUUUUGGGCUUAAAUGAAAAAUUGAAGAAAUUCAACAAACGAGUUAAGGAGGAGAACUUGUCCUGCGUGGAUCUGAAACUUUGUCAGAAAUUCUCCAAACUGAUGACUUCGAUUCAGAAUUGUUUGUGUGACGAGUACUUCUUGGCUGUAAACAUACACAAGUGGUCCACUAAAUUGAAGGCAAUGGAAACUAUCAACUUUCAGGAAGUAGUCAAAUUGCCGGAACUGAAAGAAUAUCUUAACAAAGCAGAUUUAUCAGUCAAAACGAUGGUCAGUAGUUUUGAAAAAAACCAGAAAAUGGGUUUCGGUGAAAUGUUAAGAAUAAUUUGCAAGGUUACAAAAUUCAGAGAUCGUUUGAUCAACGAUAAGAACCUGCUGGACUAUACAAGUUAUCUGGGCAAAGCGAGUGACUAUUUAAAAACCAUAUCAACAUGGAUACAAGCGUUUGAUGAUCAUGUUGCUGUUUUGCACGAGAUAUGUGAUUCAGUUGUGGCCGAGGCUGCAACAGGAUAUAGAAAUGUCGAACGUGGCGCUGAUUGCAAUAACAAAUGGUACAUGGACGAUGAAUCUUUGACGGAAUUCUACAAGAAAAAUUCAGAACAUAUUUUUUCUAAGUUCUCGAAAUUAAUAGAUGAAAGCGUUGUCAGCUGCAAUAACUAUCGCGAAGAAAUUGAUUCUUGUAUUCAAGAGAUUUCUUCGCUACUGUGAUACUUUAGUCAGCAAUCGUAUAGAUGUUAAGUUUAUAAAUUAUAUGUCGUUUCUUAGAUUUCUUAGAUUUUUUUAUCGGAUAGAUGCCAUAAAAGGUGAUAUUUUUAUAGCUAUAUCUUUAUUUUUCAUGUUGAAAACUACUCUUGGAUAUAAUGUGACAAUUAAUUUUAAGUUCAAGUAAUUAAUUAUACACUAUCCAAAUAUUUUUUACCUACUCAUUCAUGUCAAUUAAAUGUUAUGAUCUCCUUCAGCGAAAGCUGAAUUUUAUUUAUUUUGUAUUAGAUUUACUUGUUCAAGUUCAGUGUGUCCCAAGAGUGGUUUUUUUUUAUCGACUAUACUUGAACCAAAUACUGCUUUUAUAUAAUAUGUAAAAA